UUCCGUGAUAAACAUACGCAGCCGAACGAGGCGAGAUCUUUUGUUUACGUCGCGAAAAUAAUGUUGUAAAUGUUUUAACACGGUUUAGCUAAGUAAAAAAAAAAAACGCAAACAGCGUCGUGCGCAUUUAGCAGGUAUAACCGAAAGCUAAAGGUCGGUUAUCAGCUCCCAAAAUGAGCCGCGACGCUCCCAUCCACAUCUGGCCCGGCUCCUACUACCUCACCUCGGACAAGAGGUGGCAGAACGGCACGCUGUCCUUGAGCAGAACCGCGGUGCUUUUCGUCUCCAACCAAACCAAGGAGACCCUCGCCAGUUUCCGUCUCUCCCGCAUCACGGAGAUCAAAAUGGAAUCGUCCAGCUUCAUCUUCAGCACCCUGACGGUGCUGGAGGAGGGCAACGUGAAGCACUGGUUCGGCUCCCUCAAGCCCAACCGGGUGGUGGUGUACAACGUGAUGGAGCACUUCUGGAGAGAGCGCCUGCUGUCGCCCACCGACUCGGAGGCCAAGGGCGGGGCCCCCGGGAGUGAGCGCUCCAAGGGCCGGGAGCUCAUCAACCUCGUCGCCGGGGCCCAAAGACGACUGGAGGACACCGGGAGGGUCCUCAGCCACCAGGGAGAGCAGUUUGACAGCAUGAUGCAGGACCUGGAGAAGAUGGACUCGGACCUGGGAGUGGCUGAUAAACUUUUGUCAGAGCUGGAGUCUCCUACCUGGUGGCCCUUUAGUAAACUCCCAUGGAAGAUUCAGCAGGAAGCCAAGGCGGAAGACGCGGCUCGGGCUGCCGCCGCCGCAUCCAGAGCGUCCGCCCGGAGCAAAGUGAUCAUUAGCAUCCCGGCCGUGGUGUCCAAAGACGGCGACGGCGACCUGCAGCCCGGCUGCCUGCUGGUGCUGCCGUCCUCCCUGGAGGUGCGCGACGCCGCCUGCCGCCUGCUGCGCGGCUUCGAGCGCGGCGAUGUGGACGAGAUCCGCGUGCACAGCCCGUACGAGAUCACGGUGGGGCGGCGCUUCAUCGGCAGGCCCGACGUCCGCUGCCGGCUGCUGUCGGCCAAGAUGCCCGAGGCGCUGGCCGUGCUGGAGUUGCAGUACAAGAAGAAGGUGGAGUUCGCCGCGGAGUACGCCGCCUUCAGGGCCACGCCCGCCUCGUCGCCGUGUGACGCGCAGGCGGCCAUUGUACACGACGGUUUGCUGCACGGGUGCCAGGAGACGGAGGUCCCCAUGGAGGUCCCGGCGGGGGAGCUGUCCCAGCUGCAGGUGCAAGUCCUCCAGCCCGCCGUGAGCCAGACCGAAGCCCAGGAGCUCAAGCAGAUGCUGGUCCAGCUGAAGAGCCUGGCCCUGGAGGCCGAGACGGAGCUGGAACGUCAGGACGAGGCGCUCAACGUCCUGACCAACUCCGCCGAUCAAGCCUCCAUGACCAUCGGGAAGCACACCUGCCGCAUGAAGAGGCUGCUGUAAACAGGCGGGCGCUCACACGGUCCGUUGGGGCACUUCCAGAGACAUGAAAGAUUGACGAGAAACUGUUAGCACUUUGGAUGACUUUGCGUUUGGUCAGAGACAUGAAAGAUUGACGAGAAACUGUUAGCACUUUGGAUGACUUUGCGUUUGGUAUUUUAUUUGAUCCUUUACAGUAACUAUUGCUAACUAUUUUUACAGGUUUGUCUAAAUAUGCAAUGGAUACAAAACGAUUGCAAUUAUUAUACAUUUGAGUAAUGAUCAUUUUAAGAUUGUCAUUAACAAAACAUACAAAAUACAGAAAAUUAUAAUGGUAUUGGGUCCACACUCUUAUGAGUGCCCCUUGAGAGAUGAGUUUACUGUAAAGUUAAAAACUUCCUUUAAAAAUAUUGCUUCAGAAUCUUGUACUAUUUAAAAUAUAUUUAUUCAUUGUUUAUUUUUAGUUUGGUCAUUGCAUCCACAAUUCCUCCGAAAUCGUUGGGACUAUCGGCUUGUUCCGUCAAGGGUCGAUGAUUUUUAAAGUACCCAUUUGAAUCAGGGUCGCUAAAGGGUGUGUCGGGAAGUGCACAGCUCUAUACAAUACAGCUAGGAUAGCAUUUUAGCUCAUUUCGUAAAACACACUCGAUUGGGGCGCACAAGCUCAAGCUGAUUAUCCUUGAUGCACAAAGCACGCUUGCGCUAGGAGACAAAGUGCAUGCUCCACUGAGAACACAUCUUUCUGCUUGUAAAGACCUACAGCCAUGUGUUGCACUACAUAGAGUAAGACUAUUUCCUUAAAAUCGUGAAAGCUGUCAAAUAUGUAAGGGACUGACAUGCGCAUAGUAAUUAAUGUACGUAUUUGUUGUCGGUUAUCACUGUUUUUAUCUGUGUCAUGUCCAAACAAAUGAAUUGCACGAACAAUGUGAACCGGCAUUGAGUGUCGAAUCUCCACUAUUAGAAGUAUGAAUAACACAAAUAAAGCAUCAU